AUGUUGAAAGUGAGUUACAAUGAUUUAAACAAGACUUUUGCGUCAAAAGGAUGGGCUCUAAGCAGAUGCAGUACAGAGUACUUGCAAGUUAGUGUGAAACCAACUGCUUACCAUGGCCUGUUCGGCAAUGGUUUAUGUCCGUUCCAAUGGGGUGGAACCCUUUUCUUCCGUGACGAGGGCGAUAAAAUGGGAACGCUGGCUGUUAAAAUCAAUGAAUGCUUUCAAUUAAAAACCUGCAUGGUACAAGAACAUAACCAUCCCCAGUCGGUCUCUUCGUUGACAGCGUUGCUGCCUGGAGUUGCUCGACAACUGGACUGCAAGCUGUUGGGUGCAAAGACCCAUCAGUUGGGACAGGUAUCCGGGUAUGUAUGGAGGCUUCGGCGGGUGUGGUUCGGUUGGAUCGAAAUUGUCGCUUCACGGUGA